UUCGACGGUGAUCGACGGCAUUGUUCUCCGACAGGAAGGUGAUGAGAGCAUACCAGGACAGCUGGCACAAUCGGUGCCAACUUUACUUCUGCUGCGUCGGGAAGUCUGAGCACAGCAGCAAUUCGUUCCGGGAGAUAGCCAAGCUGUUCUCGGAGUUCUUCCGGGAUCUGGACGUGGUCCCGACGGACAUCAUCGCGGGUCUCAUGCUUCUCCGGCGGCUCCAGAAGGCCCAGAGGAAAGCCAUUGUCCUCGAG